AGUACUUAAUUAAUUUAUGUACGCGACAUUUGAGACACACAUUCAUCACCCUCUCCUUUGAAACUCUAAACGGUGUUUCAUAUGUGAAUGUGAACGUGAUAUUCGAGAUCGAUACCUAGGAGCCAGUGCCAUAUAUAAUACAUAUAUACACUAUCGUAGUGUUGGAGACUAAGAUGGCAUCAACAUCGCUGACAAGAGAUGAUUUGAUGAUGGGGAAAGGAAAGAGCCAGAGCUGGUCCUCCAGAAGUCUUAGGACAGAUUGGACAGCUUCUUCGGAUGUGUUCAAUAUAAGGGGCAGUGCACGCAGCCAACACGAACAAGAGGAGGCUCUCAAAUGGGCUGCUAUAGAGCGUUUGCCUACUUUGGAUCGCAUGAGAAAAGGCAUGAUGAGUAUUGUGCUUGAUAAUGGAAGGGUUGUGAAUUGUCCUGUUGAUGUAACUCAUCUAGGCAUGCAAGACAAGAAGCAGCUGCUCGAGAGUGUACUCAAAUUUGUUGAUGAUGACAAUGAGAAAUUUCUUCUUAGACUCACUGAUAGAAUUAAAAGGGUGGGAAUUGAAAUUCCAAAAAUAGAAGUCAGAUACGAGAAAGUAUCUGUGGAGGGAAAUGUACAUUUUGGAACUAGAGCACUUCCUACCCUGCUUAAUGCCACCCUCAACACUUUUGAGAGGAUUCUUGAAUUGUUCCGCCUCGCACCUUCCAAGAAAAAAAAGAUUACUAUUCUUAAAGAUGUUAGUGGAAUCGUCAAACCUUCAAGGAUGACCCUACUACUAGGCCCGCCAGGUGCAGGGAAAACAACAUUACUACUAGCACUUGCAGGGAAGCUUGACCCGGAAUUAAAGGUCUCUGGGAAAAUCACUUAUUGUGGCCAUGAACUAAAUGAAUUUGUUGCUAAAAAAACUUGUGCCUAUAUUGGUCAACAUGACCUUCACUACGGAGAGAUGACAGUGAGAGAGACCUUAGAUUUUUCAGGGCGUUGUCUAGGAGUUGGCACAAGGUAUCAUAUGGUGGAAGAACUUUUACGUCGGGAGAAACAAGAAGGAAUCAAGCCGGAUCCUGAGAUUGAUGCAUUUAUGAAGGCUACAGCCAUAUCGGGUCAAAAACACAAUUUGCAAACAGAUUAUGUUCUCAAGAUACUUGGAUUGGAUAUUUGUGCUGAUAUUAUGGUUGGUGAUAACAUGAGAAGGGGUAUCUCUGGUGGACAAAAAAAGCGUGUCACAACAGGGGAAAUGCUAGUAGGACCAGCAAAGGCACUUUUUAUGGACGAAAUAUCAACAGGGUUGGAUAGUUCAACCACUUUUCAAAUAUGCGAGUUCAUGAAGCAAAUGGUUCAUAUAAUGGAUGGAACCAUGGUGAUUUCUCUUCUACAGCCAGCACCAGAGACAUUUGAACUAUUUGAUGACAUUAUCCUACUUUCAGACGGUCAUAUUGUUUACCAAGGUCCCCGUGAACAUGUGCUAGAGUUCUUUGAAAACAUGGGUUUCAAAUGUCCACCAAGAAAGGGAGUUGCUGACUUUUUACAAGAAGUAACAUCUAAGAAAGAUCAACCACAGUAUUGGUUUAGAAAUGAUGAACCUUAUAGAUAUGUUUCAGUUCCUGAGUUUGCGGAGUCCUUCCAAUCGUUUCACAUUGGAGAACAACUUGCAACAGAGUUUAAGGUUCCUUAUGAUAAGAGACAAACCCAUCGUGCUGCCUUAGUUAAAGACAAAUAUGGUAUAUCAAAUAUGGAACUACUGAAGGCAUGUUUCUCAAGAGAAUGGUUGCUUAUGAAACGCAACAUGUUUCUCUACGUCUAUAGGAUAUCACAGUUAAUAAUCUUAUCUAUUUUAGGCUUUACUGUGUUCCUUAGAACUAAAAUGCCAGUGGGAUCUGUUGAAGAUGGAAAUAAGUUCUUUGGAGCACUAUUUUUUUCUCUAGUGAACAUGAUGUUCAAUGGCUUCUCAGAACAAGCCAUGAUUGUUUCCAGGCUUCCUGUGUUUUACAAACAAAGGGAUUUCAUGUUCUACCCUGGAUGGGCAUUCGGGUUACCCAUAUGGAUUCUCGGGAUCCCUAUUUCCUUUCUAGAAACAGGAAUAUGGACUGUGCUCACAUACUACACAAUUGGUUUUGCUCCUUCAGCUAGCAGAUUUUUCAAACAAUUCUUGGCAUUGUUUGGCAUUCAUCAGAUGUCUGUCUCUCUAUUUCGGCUCGUUGGUGUAGUUGGUAGAUCAAAUGUUGUUGCCAAUAUACUGAGUGGCUUGACUUAUCAACUAGUAUUUUUGCUUGGAGGAUUUAUUGUUGCCAAGGAUAAUAUCAAACCAUGGAUUUCAUGGGGAUAUUAUGCUUCUCCUAUGAUGUAUGGUCAGACUGCUAUUGUAAUAAAUGAAUUUUUAGAUGAAAGAUGGAGUAAACCAAAUACGGACCCUAGAAUAGAUGAACCAACAGUUGGGAAAGUACUUCUCAAGGCUAGAGGCUUUUACCGUGAUGAAUAUUGGUUUUGGAUAUGCAUUGGAGCCUUGUUUGGGUUUGUUCUUCUUUUCAACAUUCUCAGCGUUGUUGCAUUAACUUUUAUGAAUGCUAUUGGCAAUUCAAAAGCAUUCAUUACAGAUGAAGAUGACGAGAAGAGUGGAAAUUCAAUCUCCAGACAACAUGCCACUGAAGGUAUAGAUAAGGAAAUGAGAAAUGUUUCUCGUCAAGGAAGAACAGGAAUGGUCCUGCCAUUUCAACCUCUUUCACUUGCAUUCAAUCAUGUGGAGUACUAUGUAGACAUGCCUAGCGAAAUGAAAAGUCAAGGAAUAAACGAUGAUAGACUUCAACUACUACAUGAUGCCAGUGGUGCAUUUAGGCCAGGCGUAUUGACAGCACUUAUGGGUGUUAGUGGUGCUGGGAAAACAACCCUUAUGGAUGUGUUGGCUGGAAGAAAAACAGGUGGAUACAUUGAAGGAAGUAUUAACAUCUCGGGUUACCCAAAGAACCAAGCAACAUUUGCUCGUGUUAGUGGUUAUUGUGAACAGAAUGACAUUCAUUCUCCAAAUAUUACUGUAUAUGAAUCACUAUUAUUUUCAGCAUGGCUUCGCCUUCCUUCAGAUGUAAAUGAACAAACGCGAAAGAUGUUUGUUGAACAAGUUAUGGAAUUGGUUGAGCUUAACACAAUCAGAAAUGCACUAGUGGGUCUUCCAGGAGUGGAUGGCUUAUCAACAGAACAAAGGAAAAGGCUUACUAUUGCUGUAGAAUUGGUUGCCAACCCUUCAAUUAUCUUCAUGGAUGAACCAACAUCUGGCCUUGAUGCUAGAGCUGCUGCUAUUGUCAUGCGAACUGUGAGAAACACAGUGGACACUGGGAGAACCGUUGUGUGCACAAUUCACCAACCAAGCAUAGACAUUUUUGAAGCUUUUGAUGAGUUAUUUUUGAUGAAAAGAGGAGGACAAGUUAUUUAUGCUGGACCUCUUGGUCAUCAUUCACAUAAGCUCAUAGAAUAUUUCGAAUGUAUUGAAGGUGUUCCAAAAAUCAAGGAUGGCUAUAAUCCUGCCACAUGGAUGCUUGAGGUUACCACUGCUUCAAUUGAGGCUCAACUUGGCAUAGAUUUUGUGGAGAUUUAUGCUAACUCUACUCUCUACCAAAGGAAUCAAGAGCUUAUCAAAGAGCUCAGUACUCCACCAGUAGGUUCCAAUGACUUGAGCUUCCCAUCCAAAUAUUCCCAAUCAUUCUUUGUUCAGUUGAAAGCUUGUUUUUGGAAACAAUAUUGGUCCUAUUGGAGAAAUCCUCCGUACAAUGCCGUUCGAUACUUCUUCACAAUAGUCCUUGGGAUACUCUUUGGUCUAAUCUUCUGGAAAAAAGCCAAAAAUAUCAAAAAGCAACAAGAUUUAUUAGAUUUUUUAGGAUCCAUGUACUCUGCUGUGAUGUUCCUUGGAACCAUGAACACUAUGGGAGUGCAACCCAUAGUUGACAUAGAAAGAACUGUAUUGUAUCGUGAAAAAGCGGCGGGGAUGUAUUCAACAUUGUCCUAUGCAAUUAGUCAGGUGUUAAUAGAGGCAAUUUAUAACGCCAUUCAAUCGGUCAUCUAUUGUCUCAUUAUGUACUCCAUGAUGGGGUUAGAAUGGAAGGCAGCGAAAUUUUUUUCGUUCUUGUACUUCAUGGUCAUGUGUUUAAUCUACUACACAUUAUAUGGAAUGAUGAUUGUUUCCCUAACCCCGAGUUACCAAAUAGCUUCCGUUUGCAAUUCCUUAUUCUUGAGCGUCUGGAACGUCUUUUCUGGCUUUAUGAUUCCUAGGACGGAAAUUCCUAUAUGGUGGAGAUGGUACUAUUGGGCUACUCCUAAUUCUUGGACACUCUAUGGCCUUGUUGCCUCUCAACUUGGUAAUGAAAAUGCACAAGUGGAAAUCCCAGGAGCUGAAAAUAUAGAACUGAAAGAACUUAUUAAGAAAAACUUUGGUUAUGAGUAUAGCUUCCUCCCAGUGGUUAUUGUUGUUCACUUGGGUUGGGUUCUCCUUUUCAUGUUUGUUUUUGCUUAUGGCAUAAAAUUCCUCAACUUCCAAAAAAGAUGAGUUGGGAAUUGGGAUCCUCUGUCUCCCAAUCCUUUGCCAAUGAAUGGAUUAUGUUCUAAACUAUGAUAUACAAGUUUGGUUGAUUUCAAUAAUCCAUAUUACCAUAUAAAUCU